AUGGUUCGUGGCCAGAUUUCAACCGAGGACGUGACGAAGCGAUUGAAAGAGAUCGAGUCAAGCUUGACAACCACGACAACGACCAAGACGGGAUCGAAGGACGCGGCUCAGGUUAUACCUCCCGCGGAGAAGCAAGCACUGAAGAAUACCUUAGAGAUAUACACAGGCGAGCCUGAAGGAAGCGAGGAAACUGAAGCUUUACACCGACUACUGAAGAAGAGCUGCGUCGAGAUGGCGAUGAACCGCAUCGACGGCAAGGAGGAGCUUUAUGUGGGAGGCAUCUGGGCUUUGCGCCGCCCGUCGGCACUGAAGGAGCGUAACAUUACCCACAUACUCUCCAUGCUGCGAUUCGACCCAGCCGGUCUCAAGAGUGAGACCGACACCUGGGAGAACUACGGACAGAACUAUAAGCAUAUGGUCAUCGGCAUCGACGACGUCGAGGACGAGGAUCUGCUCAUUCAUCUGCCCAAGGCUGUUCGUUUUAUCGAGGAUGCACUGUACCCUGGCAGCAGCAGCAGCAGCAGCAGCAAGAAGACGGUCUCAGACGGGCCUGAAGAGGAGGCCCAGAAGGACAAGAGCUUUGAGGAGAAGGCCAAGCGCUUGAAGGCAGCUGUGGCCAAGGAUUUGGAGACCGAGUCUGAGACCGAGGCGAAGACUGCCUCGGCGCCGGCGGCAGCGGCGGCGAAGCCCACAGAUCCGGACGCCAUCCUCCCUGCCCCCCUAUUCGAGAACCUGAAUUUGAGCUCCGACGGGGAGAAGCCGGACCCCAACACCCCUGGCGGCGUC